CUCCUCUCUUAGCGGUUACAACUUACAAGGAUAGAUAUAUACAGCCAUACCGGCCCCCAUUUUUUUUCUACUGGUCUUUUGGUCCUUAUUGGACUAAUUUUACAAUGGAGAGAAGCAAGAUACAAUGCCUUUACGAUGCCUGUACUCGGGUCUUCUCAGACAGAGAGCCACCAACCUUCCAAAAGAUUCAGUGGUUGAGAAAUUUCUUGGACAGAAUAGAAGCCAUAGACGUAGGAAUUGAUGAAUUCAACUCAGAAGGAUCUCCGCGUUCAUGGAUUGAUCCUUCCAGCCCGAACGCUAGAAAGGAACUGAUUUGUGGGCUAACAGUUACGGAGAUAACCUACAUUCACAUCUACCAAUCAGAUGAUUUCUCGCAGAUUGGCGUGUUUUGCUUCCCGGCGGGAGGCAAGUUGCCUCUGCACGACCACCCCGGAAUGACGGUGCUUAGUAAGGUUCUGUAUGGAUCCGUCCAUGUCAAAUCUUACGAUUGGGUGAAAGCACGGACUGCUAGUUCAAGAAUGGUUGGGUUAGCGAGUACGGUGACGGACGGCGUCAUUAAAGCUCCCAGAGAAGCUUCCGUUCUAUUUCCCAAGAGUGGCGGAAACAUACAUUCCUUCACUGCCUUGACUCCCUGCGCCAUCUUGGACGUCUUGUCUCCGCCGUACUCCGACGAGUUCGGGAGGCCGUCGACUUACUUCUCAGAAAUCCCUAUUCCCUCUCUUCCCGGUUAUGUAAUAUUGAAGGAGAUAGAUUUGCCUAAUGAUCUAGUGGUUACCGGGGCACAAUACGUCGGCCCUCAACUCGACACCGGCGUUGAUUUGUCUUGAUGAGACAGACUCCUGACUGCAGCGCGGUGCGUAGACUCUUCUGUACAUCUUACUGUAUAUGUUACAUGAAGUUCCCUGAAAAAGAGAAGUCAUCCACCAUGAGCAUGAGGAGAUUCAUAGAAGAAAUUGAUAGGAAAUUAAUUGGAACUCUGAUGAUAGAUAUAUCAGAAGUGGAAUUUGUUUAA